AUGGUGAAUGAAUUUAGAACAGUGACCUGGAAAAAACAUGGAAGAGUGUGGGAUGUAAAUACAAAGCUAUCAGCAGCAAUUGUACAUGUUGGUAUUGGUGCAACGCAAGUCAACAGUCUCCUUUCUGAGCUGAAUAUACCACCUGUAAGCCAUGCCAUGCUGGACAAAAGACAGAAAGAGAUAGGCAGAGCUGUUGAAGACAUUGCUGCAGAGUCUAUGUCUGAUGCUUUGCAGAAGGAACUGGAAAUGAUGAAUGAAGAGAUGAACGAAAAUGGACUAGUUGUUGCUGUAGAUGCUGGAUGGCAAAAACGGGGUAGCGGAAAGACAUAUGAUAGUUUAUCAGGUAAAAAUACUGUAAAAGCACAAAUAUUCGGGGGGAAAAUUCAACAAAAUUAAAUCCCACACGAAAUUUUAUAUGACUAUAUAUUGAAUAGGGCUUUAAAAAAAAUAUGUUUGUU